GGACCCUAGGAUUGGGAAACUUAUCUAUUUAAGGAGGUGGUUAACUCUCAUUAAUCAUCAUAAUACAAGAAUUACAACUUCCCCCUACUUCUCUUCUUCUCCCCCCGCGCUGGGGCGCCUUUCUCCCUUCCCUCGCCGCAAGGGAAAGUAGUGUAUAUCAUCAGCUUCCCAGCUUCGACUCUGCUCCCACUCUCCGAAGUUGCAGGUUUCUAGCGUCUCUCCUUCCCAGAGUCACAACUUUCGAGCGUCCCUCCUUGGUCAGCGACUCAGUGCAGCAGCAUCAGGAUGAAUUUGGAAGAGAGAUUUAAUGUUAUUAGGAGCAUAGGUGAAGAGUGUAUCCAGGAAGAUGAGUUAAGGAAUUUGUUGGCAAAUAAGCCUCAACCAAUAUUCUAUGAUGGAUUUGAACCCUCGGGUCGGAUGCACAUUGCUCAGGGUGUUAUGAAGACAAUUAAUGUUAACAAGCUUGUAGCAUCGGGCUGUAAAGUAAAGAUAUGGAUUGCAGAUUGGUUUGCUCAGUUAAACAACAAGAUGGGUGGAGACUUGAAGAAAAUUCAUGUUGUUGGUCAGUAUCUGAUUGAGAUAUGGAAAGCCGCGGGAAUGAAGGUUGAGAGUGGUAACGUUGAGUUUGUAUGGUCCUCUGAAGAAAUCAAUUCUAGAGCUCAUGAGUACUGGCCACUUGUUAUGGACAUUGCACGGAGAAAUACACUUCCUCGAAUAUUGAGAUGCGGUCAAAUUAUGGGUCGCUCUAAAGAGGAUGAAUUGAUUGCCGCCCAAAUAUUUUACCCAUGCAUGCAGUGUGCAGACAUAUUUUUCCUCAAGGCUGAUAUCUGUCAAUUUGGAAUGGACCAGAGAAAGGUGAAUGUUCUUGCAAGAGAAUACGCCGAGGAUAUUAAGAGGAAAAACAAGCCUAUCAUAUUGUCUCAUCACAUGUUACCUGGCUUGGAAGAGGGUCAGGAGAAGAUGUCCAAGACUAUUGCAUCAUCCUCCAUUUACAUGGAAGAUGAAGAGGAGGCAUUCUGCCCACCCAAGAUGGUAGUGAAAAAUCCUUGUCUGGAAUACCUCAAGUACAUAAUAUUUCCCUGGUUUAAUGAGUUUAUGGUGGAGCGAAGUCAAGAGAAUGGUGGAAACAAGACUUUCAUUAGUUUUGAGGAACUUGUUGCUGACUAUGAAUGUGGUGGAUUGCACCCUAGGGACCUUAAACCCGCUCUAUCGAAAGCACUGAACAAGAUCCUACAGCCCGUGUGUGACCAUUUCAAGAACGAUGCCUAUGCAAAAGAGCUUCUUAAGAUAGUAAAGACUCCCAGGUUCGCAGACUCCCAGACAUCGCCAAGAUAGGCGUCUCUCCUUCUGCGUCUCGCCUUCUGCGUCUCGCCUUCUGCAUCUCCCUUCGCCGUCUCGCAGUCCCAACCAUCUCCAUCUGCGGCGUCUCACCUUCGCCGUCUCGCAGAGCCGACUCCCGAACCGAAAGAAAUCAGGUACUGGUAC